UGACAUAACGUAGAUAUUGUGAUAAUAUAUACUACGCCAACGUCUAAAAUAAUAACAUUUAGGGAGCGCAGUUACUACACAACGAUUAAUUUCAUAUUGUCCCGUAAAUGUAAUUGUCUGCAAUUACCGAACACGUGUUCAUUAACGUAAUGUAGUACUACCUACGUAGGUAUUUAUAGGUAUUGGUGUAUAAAUAAAUAUAAUAUAACACAAUACCAGACCCAACGUUAUUGUUAAUGAUAGUAGAAUAUGAACGAUAUAUAGCAUACAAUAACGUAUACACAAUAUUACAAUAAUAUUAUGUAGCGUAUAAUAACAUUAUAUACAUUUAGGUAUGCUUAUAUAAUAUUAUUUUAUUCAUUUAAAUCAAUCUAUAAGACGUAUUAAUGCCUUAUGCAGGUAUGCUGUAGAGUCGAUAUUAUAAUAAUACCGACGAGUACCUACGAUUUUUUUUUUCAAACCACAAUCGCCGGACGUUACCGUGUCAAACCGUGACCGUCGAUACCUAUACGAUUACCAAACAAUUAUCCGUGGUCUUCCGUGUUGGAGCUUUGUAAAAGUAAAAGCGUUUGUGUAUAAAUAUAUAAACAUGUACCUAUAUAAUAAUAUAUACCUAUGUGCGAAGUGUUAAAAUAUAUGUGUUGCGGCUCUGCGCAGGCAAAAAAAGCUGGUUAGAUUUAACGGCAAUUAUUGUAAUUGCCACGAUUGUCACUUGCAUAUGUUAUUCGUAAACCUACAGUAUAUUUAUUCGUGUUAACGUUUACAUAUGCAUUUUUUUAUUUUUUUUUUUUUUUUAAUAUCACUUUACGAAAUUUGGCGACCAACACAACAACAGCAGUUGAACACGCUCGAAAAUAAUGGCUGCGUUUUUCGAGGUGGCCUGGAAAUUGUUGACGACAUUUAAACACUAUAUUUACGCUGCAACUGCACAAGUCAUUUAAACUUUCGACACACUUUUCAACUGUGUUUUAAACAAACAGUGCGCUUAUCAACGGAAAAUGGCUAAAUUCAACCUUUGUCGACGACUCUUCACCAUCCAGUUAAUUUGCAUGACAAUCAGUAUCCUCCUUGUUGAUGUUGAAGGUGGAUUUUUGAGUGGAGUGGUUCAGGGAUGCAAAACAAUGACUAGAAGCUUAGCCAGGAUACCGUCGAAGCUGGCGGAAGGCGGCCAGUACGCGACGAUGAAGGUGGUCGGUGGCAUGGGCAACGCCGUCAGGCCGAUUCAGCCGUUGAAACGGAUUGUGGACGCGACUGGCAGUGCCAUGUCCAACGUGAUGGGGUCCGCCAGCCGCCUGCUGGGGAAGACGGUGGAACCUCCGAAUAAAAUCAUUUUUCUGUACAGCCGUCCGCUCAAUCACCUGGGCACGUCGAGGGUGUACCAGGAAGCGGUUCGGACAGUCAUCGCGCAUGCGCUCACCAACGUGGUGCUGCACAAGGACGAAAUGGCUGAGGCUGCGGACACGCCGACGGACCUGGGUGCGAUGCCCGUGCUCCAAUCCGUGGUGGAAAAGCUCGAGAGGGCAGGGGCUUCCGACGAUGACAUCGCCGACAUCAUCAGCGUGUUGGGCCGCAAUGGCAAACAGGACCUGCCCGUCCAGAUCCAAUCAAUGGUCCUUGGCAUUCUAAAAGAUAGAAAUGGGAACUUUAAAAGCGACGGACCCAUGAAUGAAUUACGUUGGAUUGCAGAGCACCCUCGUGGAUUCUACGAGAUGGAUGACAAAGAAAGGACUGAUUACAAAUUGAAGACGCAAAAACAGUACAGGAGUUGUACGGUUUUACAUCCACCAUCUUUCGACAUAAUAAAUACAUAAAUUAACUGUGUUACGGUUAUAAUUGCAAGCGUUGGCUCAGACUUUCUAAUCCUAAUCGAUAGAAAAUGAAUUAAUAAAUUAUAUUUAAUUUAAUAAAUUAUUUAUUAAUGAAAUUAAUGUGUAUUUUUGUGAGUUUUAUUACGUUUUCCACAUUAUUUCAAUACGAUAAAAUAACAAUAUACUUAAUAAAUAAUAAUAAUAUAAAUCA